AACUGUUCAUAUCUGCCCCACAAAAGACUUUGUCAAGCUCUACAUAGAAUUCGGUGCAUUCCGAGGUAACUCACGUGUAUAUCAUCCCAAUUGCCUCGUUGUGUCAGUCAGGUCAAGGAUCUUGUUGUCUGUACAUAGCCGCUGCGCGCUAUGGACCCUCCUAACCCGAAGCCUCAGAAAGAAAUGUCCAUCGCGACUCCGAUGUUCGAAAAUGCCAAAGAUUUCAUGAUAAUGAACAGCGUCUUCAACAGCGUUGGCCGCGAUCUGAUAUACAAUAUCAGCCAUGCCGAUCAAUUCAAAGGCCUUUAUCGACUGUACAAGUCGGCAUCCACGUCUGCUAUGUAUAAUUCAGAAACCCAAUAUCCACCUGCUAGGUGUCAUGGAGGCACUCGUGAAGCGGUCCUCAGCAGACUGUCACAAUGGAUCGCUAAUCCCAAACAGGAGUCACAGAUAUGCUGGCUAUACGGCGGCGCUGGAGUCGGAAAGUCGUCCGUCGCUCAAACAGUAGCAGAACGAUUUGCGCAUGAAGGGAAAUUGGCAGCUACCUUUUUCUUCUGGCGAGACGACCCUGCGCGUAAUAGCAUUCGGCGCUUAAUUCCUAGUCUCGUUUUCCAAUUAACCAAUGCCAUUCCGAGGCUACGCACAGCGAUAAACGCUGUGGUUGAAUCCAACAUCAUGAUUCUAGAUGCUCCUCUCGAAGAACAGUUCCGUGAACUGAUCUUGCAGCCCUUUCAAGGCCUAAAUAAUUCCGAAGAGAGUUCUCCACUUCUGGUCAUCCUAGAUGGUCUGGAUGAAUGCAUAGAUGGUCGCAGCCAAGAACGCGUUCUCCUUUCUAUUGCUAGGGGACUGGUAUCUGGCGGGAUACCUCUUAUCUUUUUGGUGACUAGUCGACCAGAACCCCGGAUCAAAAACGUUUUUGAAACACUUGCACACAUCUGUACCCGGGUUGCGCUUGAAGAUUCUGACGAAGAUAUUCGAAAAUAUCUCUCGGAUGGGUUCGCGCAGAUAUAUUCUCGUCGUUCGACUACUAUGUAUCAAGUUCAUCAACCUUGGCCCACUUCGAAACAGUUAGAUGAACUAGUCUACAAAGCAUCAGGCCAAUUCAUCUUUGCCUCCACAGUGCUUCAGUUUGUGGAUGACGAUUACUCCCUUCCCUCUGAACGUCUGCGUAUUGUUUUGGGUUUGACAGACCCUGAAGAUGUACAUAAUAUAGUGGGAGUACCGCUUUUUGAUGAGCCAGAAUAUGCAUCUUCCGAUCGGCCAUUUGGCGAAUUGGAUAAAUUAUACCAGGGUAUACUGUCCGCCAAUCCAAAUUCCGAACAGCUUGUACGAAUUAUUGGAAGCAUCGUAGUCUUUCAUGACAUCAUGACGCCCACAACAAAGAUGCUCGAGGAAUUACUCGCCUUGCAACCAGGCGCAGUCUCCGCCACUCUUUCAGGAAUGCAUUCGCUACUAAAGACCACUCCUGACUUGACCCAUGUAGCGCCUCAUCUCCUCCCAAUUGAAUUCGCACAUAAAUCAUUUUCCGACUUUUCACUCGAUCCGAACCGCGCUGAUAGAUUUUUCAUUGAUCGUUCAGCCCAUCACAACUACCUGGCGCGCCGUUGUUUGAAACUCAUGCGGGAGAAAAGUCUCUCACCAUCCUUUGCUGGAAGGAUGCAAGCCUGGGGGUUGCGCCCGCUGGUCAGGCUUAAACCUUUCACAUAUGCUCUUGGUCAAGAAUUGGUAUAUCACUGCAACUGGGCAUAUCAUUGUACCUCUGCUAUAACGACUCCAGAGUUGAUGCAUGAGCUACGGGCAACAGACAUCUAUGCUUAUGCUAAUCGUUUAGUUUUUCUCGGGCCACAUCUCUACCAUUCAGCUUGGAAAUCGAUUACGCAAGUGGGAACUUUCAUUGGCGAAGUGAAUCGUGUUAAACGUUGGGCUGAGAAUAAACAAAAUCCUCCAAAAGAUCUUGUUCAACGUUUUCAUAAGUUUUCUCUCGGAUUCUAUGUCUCUGUUGUGGGAACCUGUCAUGAUUGGAACAUGCAACUCGCUACCUUGGGGAACUUGUUGGCAUUCAACGCUAUAAUUCCUGACGUUGACCUGGGGUUCGACCUCUACAAUAGCGAGAAAGUCUUCUGCCAGAUCAUCGGCUGCGAUGAAUCACAACUUGCUGACUUGAGACACAUUUGUCCGCUAAGGAUUUCAGCUGAAUCAGAAUCAUCUCCGCAUUCAAGUGCCAACUACUCCAAUGGUUUUGCAUCCCCUGGUACACAAAGUAUUCAUACAGUAUUUGUCGAUUUGACCAACUGUCAUGCCACACUUGCAGUGCGCUGCAUGGAAACCCUUAUAAACGACAACGAUAACUUUCUAUAUGCCGAGAGAUACUGGUGCAAGCAUCUCGCUCGAGCGUGUCCGCGCCAUGAUCUUAUGGUAUCUCUGGAAGAGUACAUACGCAACGGCCGAUUGGACAACGAUCUAGAGUCAGUAAAUGAAGUAUUCAAAUGGUUGAAGGUACCAUGAACAGGAGCUUCCUGCAGGGGAACAUUCUUCGACCUCAAGGAUGCUACUGACCACCUUGGGUAACAUUCUUCGUCCUGCGUCGCUAGAGAUCCAGGGAUCGCAAUCUAAAUCAAGCUCGGAUUCAGAUGUCGAGUCGAGCGAGGACGUAUUUUUUGACUGUGACGCAUAUGAAUAAACCGUUAUUUGCGGUUUAUGUGCUCCAGAUGUGUUCCGUAUUCUUAGGCCAAUUUCUAU